AUGACCACGCCUGUUAACAGCGACAACAACUACGGCCGCGGCUCGUCGGCGAACCGCACGGUGGCCUCCAUCAUCCUGGUGGGGUUCGUGGUCCUCAUCGUGCUGGUGAAGGCGAUCCGCAGCUUUUGCCGGCUCCCCGAUCCCCACCAGGAGCAGGCUCGUGAAGAUGAAGGCGGUAGCAGCCCGAACGUCGGCGCCGAUCCCAGAGCGGCGUCGCCGGUGUUGUGCAUGUACCGGAAGAGCGACGGGGGCCAGGACGCGACGUGCCCGGUGUGCCUGUCCGACUUCGCGGACGGCGAGGCCGUCAGCGUGCUGCCGGCGUGCAUGCACUACUACCACCCCGCCUGCAUCGACGAGUGGCUGCGCGCCCGCACCACCUGCCCGCUCUGCCGCGCCACGCCGGCAUGA